UCAUUAAGCAAACAUAUUAGCUCCCCGGUAGACUGUUAGAAGGAGCUAGCCUGUUUCUCUGCUAGAUACCGGAACCCUAGCUUUGAGAUGGCGGCGAUCAGCCUCCGGAAGGGAAACACACGACUGCCGCCGGAGGUGAACAGAGUGCUCUACGUGCGAAACCUUCCGUUCAACAUAUCCAGCGAGGAGAUGUACGAUAUCUUCGGCAAAUACGGCGCGAUUCGUCAGAUCCGGAUCGGGACGAGCAAAGAAACCCGUGGCACCGCUUUUGUUGUCUACGAGGACAUAUACGACGCCAAGACUGCUGUCGACCAUCUCUCCGGAUUCAACGUCGCGAAUCGAUAUCUCAUCGUGUUGUAUUAUCAGCAAUCCAAGAUUAGCAAAAAGAUGGACCUGAAGAAGAAGGAGGAUGAGCUCGCACGCAUGCAAGAGAAAUAUGGAAUCUCCACCUCUAAAGAUAAGUAGAUUAGAGAUCUAUUAUAUGUCGAAACCAUCGUUGAAGUUACCAAUCCUUUGGGUAUGGGUUUCCUUUAUAUGUUGUUGUGUUGAAAUGCUCAAAGGGUUUUGUAUAACAUCGACUUGCGUUUUCCUUUUGUGUGGAUAAUUUGUUAUCGGGGUUAUUGCUCAAUCUUUUUUGCUUA